CUGCUCCGGUGGGCAAGAUGAAGGGCAUUGAUAAAAGGAAGAGAGAACCCGCAGCCGUUGGAUCAAUAAUCAAUCCGAGUGGCCGCUAAAUCGUAAAUAUUGUGCUACCGCCGUACUGCCGGCAGCGGACUUUCUGGUUUCCCUCCGCCGAGCCGUCUAAAAACCCCUUUCACUCCUUCGCUCUCCCCCGCCCUAAAAACCCUCAAGCAGCCAGCUUCUUCUUUUACCUCUGCUGCUCCGACUUCCCGCUCAACAGCUCAGGCAUGGUGGACCCAUGGUGGUCGUUGCUAGGAGCAGCGAUUCCAGCCGUGAUCGCAGGCCAGGCUUUCAGGGUGAAGAAGAAGAGAGCAGAGGAGCAGAGGCUGAAGAGCGCGAGGGGCAGGGAGAAGAGCUCCGACGAGAUCUUUGUCUGCGAGAGGGUGUGCACUUCCAAGCGGAUGCUGAAGAAGAUGGGCGCGCUGUCGAAAGACCCGAUCGUCGAUACCUGCGUCACCGUAUGUGGCGUCUCCGAGAUCGAUGCCUGUGCGGAUGCCUGUGCUCGAACAGUGUGUGUGAACCAGCAUCAGGUUCCAAACUGGAACGAUGUUUGCCUGAGGAGGUGCCAGAGCGAGUGCCUGAGGCUCUCUAAUACCCCUGCUGCUUCUUGAUACUUUGCAGCAAGAGGUUUUUUUUUUCUUCCACCUUUUUGUUUCUCUAGGUAUAUGAUCAUGUUUGAGUCUUUCCAUCCUUUUCGCGACGAUGCUAUCGAUCGAGCCAUGACACCAGUUUAUCUGUUGGCUUCUUCCAUCUUGUAUGUUCUGGGUAGCUUGGUAAAUGUUCAUAGCAUCGAGCCAGGACACCAGUUUAUCUGUUGGCUUCUUCCAUCUUGUAUGUUCUGGGUAGCUUGGUAAAUGUUCAUAUGGUUCUUUCACCACCCCCAUCAUUUCUUUCCAUGUUAGUUCUAUCAGCCAUUGACUCCCUAUAUCUCCAAGAACAACCAGAACGCUCACCACGCAGGGCUUGUCUUCUGAUUAAUGAAAGGCUGGCUAUUCGGGUAAA